AUGACAUGUGAGAAGCUUUCUACUGUUCGAAGACUAUCUCAGAAAGAGGUCUGAGUCAUUUUGGACUUUGAACCUGAUUGUUGAGGACACAAGUAUGCACCUAUACCAACGUUACGCACAAUGUAACGCAAGGCAUUUGGUGAUGAUUUCUUUACAACGAUAUCAGUAAAUUGAGGUUGGUUUAUUUUGAUAUUCCUUAUUGUUGGUUGUGCAGGUAAUUGUAAUAUAAUGUGUUUUUAAAGAUUGAUACAUUUACUUGAACAAAAACCAUGAGAAUUGCUGUUGUGCUAAGUUGUAACCUCUUCUUCAUUGUCACCGACACCAUCAUCACAACAAUUCUAUACAUCCAUGGCUCUAAGUUUCACAUGUUUGCCGAUGAAAUGGCUAGGUUUGACAUAUUGUGCUCAAGCCUGGACCUAUGGGGGACUGUAUUAGUCCGCUUUGCUCUGCUACUUGGGGCCUCCAUAGGGGUGCUGUGGAACCGAGUAGAUGGCCCUCAAAGGGUCUCCAAACUGUCCACACUGACCACCCUCCUCUGCCUCGUCGUCAUGACCUACGCCCUCACCAAGCUGCUGAUCUUCUCGGAGCAGGAGGCUCUCAUGCAUGAUCCGUGGUUCCUGAGCUUAGUGUCCUGGAGCUGUGUGUCGGCAGUGGGCACCAUGUGCCUGUGGAGCACCCUGGCCAAGACCUCUAACUCUGUCAGUGAUAGUGGUGGUGGUGGUGGAGAAGGAGAAGCAGAGUGGCUGGUGGAUGCACUGGAGGACAGCAGCUCUGACCAGGAGGGAGUGGAGGGCAAAACGCCGACUGGGAAGAGAAAGAACGAUAGUAAAGGGGGUGCAGAGGAGAACUCUGACUCCAGUGCCACUGUGGGCCGUCUGCUGUCCUACUGCAGGAAGGAUGCCCUGCUGCUGUCUGUGGCCUUCUUCUUCCUCAUCCUGUCUGCUGUUUGCGAGGCCUUCAUACCCUACUACGUUGGACAAACGAUCGAUGGGAUAGUCAUUCACCAAAGCAUGGAGCACUUUGCAAAGCCUAUGAUCGCACUGACCUCACUGGCUUUUGUCAGUUCUCUGGCCGAUGGUUGCUUUGGAGGAAUGUUCCACAUAACAUUCGCCAGGUUGAACAUCCGGCUGCGCAACCUUCUGUUCAGGUCUCUCAUGCGGCAGGAAAUUGGCUUCUUUGACUCAAAUCAUACAGGUGGCAUCACCUCACGUCUGACCUCUGACACCACUGAGGUGAGCGACCUGAUCUCUGAGAAUGGCAACAUGUUCCUGCACAGCUUCAUCAAGGCCAUGGGCUUCUUCAUCUUCAUGUUCGGGAUGUCUUGGAAACUCACGCUGGUCACAAUCAUGGGCUUCCCUUACAUUGCAGUGGUGUCAAAGAUGUAUGGAGAGUACUACAAGAAACUGACCAAAGAGGUCCAGACGUCGCUGGCCCAGGCCAACAAGGUGGCGGAGGAGACCAUCUCAGCCAUGAGAACUGUCCGCAGCUUCGCCAACGAGGAGCAGGAGGGUGAUUCCUACUACAGCAAGCUGCUGGACAUGUUCCAGCUCAACAAGAAGCAAGCGCUGGCCUACUCCUGUUACAUGUGGUCCAGCUCUAUAUCGGGGCUGGCGCUGCAGGUGGCCAUUCUCUUCUAUGGUGGCCACUUGGUCAUAACGGGCCAGAUGAGUGGAGGGACGCUCAUCUCUUUUGUCAUCUAUGAACUGGAACUAGGAGAGUGUUUGGAGAGCAUAGCAUCUGUCUACACAGGCCUGAUGCAAGGGGUGGGGGCCGCUGAGAAGGUGUUUGAGUAUAUUGACCGGAAGCCGGAGCACCCGUCAGGGGGCAGCGAAGCACCUGCCACGCUGAACGGAGAAGUGGAGUUCCUAAACGUGUCCUUCAGCUACCCCACACGGCCUGACACAAAGAUACUCAAGAAUGUCUCCUUCACUCUUCAACCUGGAGAGGUGACUGCGUUGGUGGGCCCGUCUGGGAGUGGUAAGAGUUCCUGUGUGAGUCUCCUGGAGAACUUCUACGCUCCUGACGAGGGACAGGUCCUGCUGGAUGGACGCCCAGUGCAGCACUAUGAGCAUGCAUAUCUACACUCACAGGUGGCUCUUGUGGGGCAGGAGCCUGUACUGUUUGCCAGAUCUGUCCUGAAGAAUAUAAGUUAUGGCCUCGAUGACAUGACCAUGGAUUGUGUAGUCGACGCUGCUACUAAGGCCAAUGCACAUUACUUUAUAACUGGCCUCUCUCAAGGCUAUGACACAGAUGUGGGAGAGAAGGGAGCUCAGCUGUCUGGGGGACAGAAGCAGCGUGUGGCCAUUGCCCGGGCUCUGAUCCGCAGACCUCGCGUGCUUAUCCUGGACGAGGCCACCAGUGCCUUAGAUGCGGAGAGUGAACAUAUUGUUCAGCAGGCUCUGAACGACAUUGUGCAGGAGCACACGGUGCUGGUGAUUGCCCAUCGCUUGAGCACAGUGGAGAGGGCGGACAACAUCAUUGUCAUCGACCAGGGCACCGUAGUGGACCAGGGCACGCACACGCAACUCAUGGCCCGCAAGGGGCUGUACUUUAAACUGGUCCAGAGACAGGUGCUGGGCAUAGAGACAGGGGAAGAAAUCCUUAAUCCUCCAAAAGACGCACGGGGGAAGGGCUUCAAUGGGAGAGCGGAAAGUGAAGAGGAGAGCAGCGAAUCGGAUUGUGGUGCAAAGUUUACCAUGAGAGUUGCUGUUGUGCUAAGUUGUAACCUCUUCUUUAUUGUCACCGACACCAUCAUCACAACAAUUCUGUACAUCCAUGGCACUCAUUUUCACAUGUUUGCCGAUGAACUGGCUAGGUUUGACAUAUUGUGCUGUAGCCUGGACCUAUGGGGGACCGUGUACGUCCGCGUUGCUCUGCUACUUGGGGCCUCCAUAGGGGUGCUGUGGAACCGAGUAGAUGGCCCUCAAAGGGUCUCCAAACUGUCCACACUGACCACCCUCCUCUGCCUCGUCGUCAUGACCUACGCCCUCACCAAGCUGCUGAUCUUCUCGGAGCAGGAGGCUCUCAUGCAUGAUCAGUGGUUCCUGGGCUUAGUGUCCUGGAGCUGUGUGUCGGCAGUGGGCACCAUGUGUCUGUGGAGCACCCUGGCCAAGACCUCUAACUCUGUCAGUGAUAGUGGUGGUGGUGGUGGUGGAGAGGGAGAAGCAGAGUGGCUGGUGGAUGCACUGGAGGACAGCAGCUCUGACCAGGAGGGAGUGGAGGGCAAAACGCCGAGUGGGAAGAGAAAGAACGAUAGUAAAGGGGGUGCAGAGGAGAACUCGGACUCCAGUGCCACUGUGGGCCGUCUGCUGUCCUACUGCAGGAAGGAUGCCCUGCUGCUGUCUGUGGCCUUCUUCUUCCUCAUCCUGUCUGCUGUUUGUGAGGCCUUCAUCCCCUACUACACUGGAAAAGCCAUCGAUGGGAUCGUCAUUCACCAAAGCAUGGAGCACUUUACAAAGCCUAUGAUCACACUGACCUCACUGGCUUUUGUCAGUUCUCUGGCUAUUGGUUUCCGUGGAGGUGUGUUCUCCAUAACCUUCGCCAGGUUGAACAUCCGGCUGCGCAACCUUCUGUUCAGGUCUCUCAUGCGGCAGGAAAUUGGCUUCUUUGACUCAAAUCAUACAGGUGACAUCACCUCCCGUCUGACCUCUGACACCACUCAGGUGAGUGACCUCAUCUCUCAGAACGUCAACCUGUUCCUGCGCAGCUUCAUCAAGGCCAUGGGCUUCUUCAUCUUCAUGUUCGGGAUGUCUUGGAAACUCACGCUGGUCACCAUCAUGGGCUUCCCUUACAUUGCAGUGGUGUCAAAGAUGUAUGGACAGUACUACAAGAAACUGACCAAAGAGGUCCAGACGUCGCUGGCCCAGGCCAACAAGGUGGCGGAGGAGACCAUCUCAGCCAUGAGAACUGUCCGCAGCUUCGCCAACGAGGAGCAGGAGGGUGAUUCCUACUACAGCAAGCUGCUGGACAUGUUCCAGCUCAACAAGAAGCAAGCGCUGGCCUACUCCUGUUACAUGUGGUCCAGCUCUAUAUCAGAGCUGGCGCUGCAGGUGGCCAUUCUCUUCUAUGGUGGCCACUUGGUCAUAACGGGCCAGAUGAGUGGAGGGACGCUCAUCUCUUUUGUCAUCUAUGAACUGGAACUAGGAGAGUGUUUGGAGAGUAUAGCAUCUGUCUACACAGGCCUGAUGCAAGGGGUGGGGGCCGCUGAGAAGGUGUUUGAGUAUAUUGACCGGAAGCCGGAGCACCCGUCCGGGGGCAGCGAAGCACCUGCCACGCUGAACGGAGAAGUGGAGUUCCUAAACGUGUCCUUCAGCUACCCCACACGGCCUGACACAAAGAUACUCAAGAAUGUCUCCUUCACUCUUCAACCUGGAGAGGUGACUGCGUUAGUGGGCCCGUCUGGGAGUGGUAAGAGUUCCUGUGUGAGUCUCCUGGAGAACUUCUACGCUCCUGACGAGGGACAGGUCCUGCUGGACGGACGCCCAGUGCAGCACUAUGAGCAUGCAUAUCUACACUCACAGGUGGCUCUUGUGGGGCAGGAGCCUGUACUGUUUGCCAGAUCUGUCCUGAAGAAUAUAAGUUAUGGCCUCGAUGACAUGACCAUGGAUUGUGUGGUCGACGCUGCUACUAAGGCCAAUGCACAUGACUUUAUAACUGGCCUCUCUCAAGGCUAUGACACAGGUGUGGGAGAGAAGGGAGCUCAGCUGUCUGGGGGACAGAAGCAGCGUGUGGCCAUUGCCCGGGCUCUGAUCCGCAGACCUCGCGUGCUUAUCCUGGACGAGGCCACCAGUGCCUUAGAUGCGGAGAGUGAACAUAUUGUUCAGCAGGCUCUGAACGACAUUGUGCAGGAGCACACGGUGCUGGUGAUUGCCCAUCGCUUGAGCACAGUGGAGAGGGCGGACAACAUCAUCGUCAUCGACCAGGGCAGCGUAGUGGACCAGGGCACGCACACACAACUCAUGGCCCGCAAGGGGAUGUACUUUAAACUGGUCCAGAGACAGGUGCUGGGCAUAGAGACAGGGGAAGAUAUCCCUAAUCCUCCAAAAGACGCACGGGGGAAGGGCUUCAAUGGGAGAGCACAGAGUGAAGAGGAGAGCAGCGAAUCGGAUUGUGGUGCAAAGUUUUAAAGGACUGUAAUGUUGAUUAUGUGUUCAGCAUGCACUUUAUCCUGCUGUUUUAUGCAAAGAGUGUGAAAGAGAUACUUUGAAGGAGUCACUGGUGUUCAUGACAGGCAUUAUAUUUUUUUGAGAAGUGAUGAUUGUAAAAUGUAAUAUUUAAUGCAGGUCUAUGCAAAACAAAUCUAAAGAAAAAAUGUAAUAACAAUGCAGUGACAUAUCACACAACCAAUGUACAACCUCCUUCUGAAGAAUUAUCUCACUGGAUGUAAUACAUGACAUGACAUAAAAAACAUGACAUAAACCAACUGG